CCGACAUUGAGUGACGCGCGUAUUUACGUUUCAAAUUAAGAACAUAAUCGAUCCGAAAAAUUACGAUUGUUUUGUAUUCAUUUCAAUAUUUUCUCUUUUUAUUUAGUGUUACUGUGCUCGUAUAAAGUGAUGUUAAGUGUUCGUGUUAUGAACCGUAUAUCAACAUCGUUUUCCACGUCUGUCAUUGGAUCAGUUUAACCAGUUGCAACAAACGAAAAUGUGACUGUUUGUUUUAAUGUCAAGUUUUAAUCGAUCGCUGAUCGAAAAUGGGUUUUAUUGACGUUCUACUCACGAUAUAACGAUGAAGAUGAGGGAGUUUAUGAGGAUUACGUUUGUGUGUGUGUGCGCUUUCCUACUGGCUGUGCGUGAGACCAGGUGUGAGGAUGAAGUGUCUGAUGACGAAGCUGGAAGCCUGAGGAAUGAAGAGAAUGACCAGAGGAGGGACUCCAAAGGUCCCAUACCAGGCGGUGGUCGGCGAACGACGACGCAAAGCAGUGCAAACGCCACGAGGGAUUCGCAACUACUCUCAUUACUCGCUGCGAGAAGGCGACAACUUCUCAACGAAAGACUGGCGACGCAUAUCAAUACGCUAUCGUCAUUAGCACAUAAGGCUAACAAAUCCAACACUACAUUUGCCCAGUUAGAAGUUCGAGACUCAAACAGCUCUACAGUGAAGAGGAUAACGUUUGACAACUCGAGCAACGAACCAGCACCCACAAUCAAACUUGUGACUUCCGACGGAUCGAAGGAAAUCAGACAAGAAGCAAAGCCACAUGAAAUACGACACAUCUUCGUACCCAGGGUGUUCCAAGAUAAUAAAAGUAGGGGUGGGUUUAUAAAUAACCGAAGACGAGAGGGAAUCAAUAAGUCUGUAACAAUACCUGAACGAGUUGAGGUAACUGCAAGUAGCAUAGUUUAUGUCCCACCUGAAAAAUUUGAAAAUCUUGACAAGGAUAUUGAAUUAGACCCUGAAGAAGAAUUCCAGGUUGACGAGUCUAACCAUGGCCUGUAUUUACUUAAUUAUUCAGACCCAGAAAAUGUGACACAGAACACUAAUAUUAAUGGGUCGGUCAGUGAUGCUAAAGACAAUAGUACUAAGGUUGAAACUACAACACAAACCAGCGAAAUAUCCAAAGAAGAAACACCGGUCAAAACAACCCAAACGGAAUCAGAAGAAAAAUCAGAAACCAACGUAAUAGCCAACAGCACUGACAGUAAGAGCACAAAGUUAAUAAAAGUUGAGAAUGAAAAAGAAAAUCGUACUCUAUUUAUGACGGAUGAGAUUUACAAUCAUUUUAGACCACUUGAAACUGAAUUACCCGUUGAAGAAAUGGCACCAUUCAAAUAUUUUGGUCAAAAAUUGGGAGGACCAGCCAUAAGCGAUAACUUGACCAACUCUCCCACAUUAUCGGCGUCAACCAAAUCAGUAAAUUUUAUUGUAGCUCCAUUGGAGAAAAGAAAAUUCAAUUCUAGGUAUUCAGCCACAGAAAAAUAUAAGAAUACUAGCGUAGAUGAAGAAGAAAUUAAUGAAGAUAUGGACGUUUCUGUCGUUAAAAAUUUUAUCGAGAAAAAUAAAAUCAGAAACACAGUAAAAGGGCCUGCCCCAGCACGACACGUCGGGUUAGUUAAUGCGUAUAGAAAAUUUUCAACUACAGUACCACCGACAACGAAACCACAAAAUGUUGCGCAAUUGAAUGUUACUGAACCAAUCAUUCCAUAUUCAACGCCUAGCAUCAUUGACAAAAGUAAAGACGGCAACAAAACUAACAGCACCGCAACUAAUAAUAUACCACCUAAACCAACAGUCAAUAAUUCAACGAGAGAUAGCAUAUCAAACAAAACAAGCGUUCCCGCACCUAGGAACUUUACAAGAAACUACUCUAAUAUACGAAGGCGGCCACUCAGAGUAACAGCUGCAAGUACUGAAUUUACUCCAGUGCUUACCACUCUAGUAAUAAAUGCUACAACGACUGAAAAGGCAUCGACUUCAGUUUAUACAGCGGUAGUAACAUCAGUAUCAAUAACUUCAUCUAUGAAAGGAUCUAAUAAAACAGAUGGUGCUCUAAAAGACGAAGAAAAUAGCACCAUUGUUGAUAUUCCUGACACAAAUAAUGGUACCAUACCGAAAGCUAUUCUUAUUAAUGAUACAGAAACUACUACAGUACCGCCUACAAGCUUCAGGCCUAAACAUAUAAUUCGAAUAAGAACGACCACUACAGAAAAUCCAAAUUCUAGCCCUGUCACAGCGUCUCCUGUAGCCAGUGAAUUAUCAACCAAGAAUCAAACGUUUGUCAGAAAUGAAACUGAGUCGAAGAUAUCCGACAGAUUAGCGAGUUUAUUCCGACAGAGAAAUAUUGAGAACGCGACGAAUUCGACGAGAACUAACAAACAUAGGAGAAGGCGACCUACGACUACUACUACGACGACGACAACUACGACUCCAGUACCGACGCUACCACCUACUGAGAAGACUAUAGAAUCCUCAGUACCCACCACACAAUCAACAGCAGCAUAUUCCAGCGCUUACACAUCAACUUUAGCGCCAGCUACAACACCAUCGUUCAAAACAUUUGUAGUGACUUCGCGAACAUCAUCAGAAUCAAGUUCCAAACCUGUGUUUGUGCCAAACACUACAAACAAAAGCCACAAGACUGUUAAUAGAACUGAUGGUGAAGAAAUCGAAGACCCUUCAUCACAAAACGAGGAAGUGGUAAUUGAAGCUGAAAAGACCUACACAGCAUCAUACGUAUUGGCUGGUUUAGGAUUUUUACCAGUAGCAGCAAUAGUAGCUUUUGUUCUUAGAAGUAUAUUAAAUAAGAAGACCAAAGAAAUAGAUACGGAGUACGAGGGUUACUUCGAAGAUGGAGAUAUCAAGAAGGAGUCUCCUAUUACGCCUGUAGCUAGGCCUCCGCUGCCGACACCAACGAAGCCUGAUCAGAAAUGGGAGUUCCCAAGAAAUAAACUACGACUUCAGACUUUGCUUGGCCAAGGAAACUUUGGACAGGUAUGGAAGGCAGAAGCAGACGAUUUAAAUGGCCAUGAUGGUCUUACUCGGCUGGUAGCAGUUAAGAGCAUCAAAGAAACUGCCUCACAGAAAGAGAAACAAGAACUGCUGCACGAAAUAUACAUUAUGCAGAAGAUAGGAACACAUCCUAACGUUGUGACGUUACUUGCCUGUUGCACAGAACAAGAGCCCUAUCUCCUGAUAAUGGAGUACGUGAUGUGCGGCAAGCUGCUGACGUACCUGCGCGAGCGCCGGUCGCGGCCUGACCGCUUCAGUGGCAGUGGAGCGUUGACGUCCAGAGAUCUUACCGUGUUCGCCUACUGUGUGGCCAGGGGGAUGGACUAUAUUGCGUCCAAAGGGAUCGUGCACCGCGACCUAGCAGCUCGCAACGUGCUGGUAGACCACAACAAGCUGUGCAAGAUAGCGGACUUCGGCAUGUCUCGCUCGGCCGCAGCCGGCGCGCCCGCACGCGCGCCUCGCGCCGCUCUGCCCGUGCGGUGGAUGGCGCCCGAAGCAUUGCUGUAUAGCGUGUGCAGUCAUCAUACUGAUGUCUGGGCCUUUGGGAUAUUGCUGUGGGAGAUUGUUACACUUGGUUCAACGCCAUACGCGGCGAUGUCAGGCCGCGAGGUGCUAGGCGCUGUGACGGAAGGCUACCGGCUGGAGCGGCCGCCGCACUGCGCGCCCGCGCUGUACCGCGCCAUGCACGCGUGCUGGCACGCCGACCCCGCACAGCGCCCCACCUUCGCCGCGCUCAAGGCCACCCUCGCCACGCUACUCCACAACGAGCCCAGCGAGGGGAACUAUGUCGAUCUCGACUCCUUCUAUCAAGAGUCCUCUGUAUACAGUGACCCGUCAGCCAUUAUCAAUGACGAUGAAGGCCUGUCGGCGGAGUAUGAUCGGGAGAGGCGCUGCUUUAGAGAACUCACCACCGGUCCAGCCAAGUUCGAGAACCGCGCAUUCAACUUCCGCGACGAGGAGCUUCGCAACAAGUUCGGUAUCGGCACUCCACGCAUGGGAGGCUUCGGCAUCAGGGACGUUCCCUUCAACGACAGAAACUUCUCCGACGGCGAAUUCAAUGAACGGAAUUUCCCCAAAGAAAAUUUCACCGAUACGAACUUCACCGAACGUAAAGACGGGAAGCUUUCCACUUCCAGUUUCCAUCGAGAGAGAGAACGGGAGAGGGAGAACCCGUUAGUCAGUAGGAACAGCUUUAAUGGCUUCCCGAGAGUUGGGACUAGGGAUAGGGACAACCACUUCCAAAUGGCACCUGAUGGCAGAAAUAAGAGGGUUUCGGAAUUCGAAUGUGACAUUUAAACGCGUCAUCGAGGCGGAGGUAGUGAGAUAGUGGAAUUUGUAUUUCAAACGUUCCACCAAUGGGGACAACUCUGUCACGUGACGAACUGUGAGGAGAGGAGAGUGAAGGCAUAACUUAGCCUUGUUGUAAGGUUGGUAGUAAGUUAAAGUGAGAGACGAUAAUCGCUUUGGCUAUGUAUAUGGAUACUGUAUACGAUUUGCGAUUGUGUUAAGUCAGGAGUAAGUAAAUGAUGAUAGCUUUAUUUUUUUAUACAGUCUAGAAUAGAACGAUAUGAUUUGAUACUUGAUAUAGUGCAAUGUUAAGAUUCUUAUGCUUGGAGCUAAGAAGGCUAAGUUGUGCCUGCAAAAUGUCACAGUCCUACUUAUUCAGUAAAACUUGACUGAAAUGUAAUUAAUUAGUGUGUUUAUAUUAGGCUUAAUUCGCCAAACAUUAGCACUGAUUUGACAAAACACUGUAAUUUUGCACUAGUGUGGAAACAUGACAUAACAAGUUUGAAUUUCAUACUUACUGAAAUUACGUAACUUGACAACUAUGUUUAUAUGAAAUUGUAAAUAAUUUUGUUAAUUUAUAACAGUAUUUUUAUAUUAAUGUAUGCCGUGGUUUUCAUAUGAAUAAUUUUGUAAAUAAAUAACUGUUUUGUAUGUUGAAUAUGAUUGUGUUAGGUGAAUAGGUAUGCAGACCCCGCAUUUGAUACAGGCUUCAUUAAACUUGUUUUAACUCAAAAAUAUUCCAAAAUAUUAAUUUUAAAAACCUUUCCUAAAGACAUGAAGUCUUUGCAUGUGUAGUUUUAUACAGAUAUUGUUAAAAAAAUGUGUAGAUCACAAGGAAGAGUAAAUAAUAUGAUUUUUAGUAAAAAAUAGGAUAGCUUCCUAUAUCCAGUUAUUUUUCAAGGGUUUAUUAAGAUAAAGUCUAUUUUUGGAUUUUUUAAAACAAGUCAAGAGUUUUAUAGUUGGAUCACAAUGGUGCUACAUAAAUUGAAGAGAGCUUGUAAAUAUCAGAGUUUAUAUACAUAUACCGAGUGUUAUAUAACAUGUUAUAUUUUAUGUUAUUUACUCACAGUUUUAUCUAUGUUUCUCUAUUCCAGAUAAUUGCUGUCUAGUCUCAAAAAUUGUAUGAUUGUAUGAUAGUAUUGGUUUUAGUAAGAUCUGAUUGUAUUUUAAGUUUUAAAAAGAAUUAUUUUAUUAUAAAUAAAUAUUAAAAUGUAUUGAAAAAUUUAAAA